AGAAUAUGAUAGGUAGCUACUUCAGAAUAGAGUCAAAGAAAUUCAAAAUCAGAAGAAACAAUAUUUAUGGUGCCACUCUCCCUCUUUGUUCUUGGAGUGGAGUGGACACUCUUCACACUCACACUACUCCACCAUAGUUGCAGCAGUUUCUGUUCAGAGCACAAAACGCGCACAAGACAGUGCCGUUGAGCUGAUUACACUUAGAAGUCGAAGCCUUUACCUACCCACCAUCAUAAAACUUCAUUCAGGAGGAACUUGGGGAUAGACAAGAAAAUAUUGAAGGAGAAGAUGCCUGAAAUAACGAAGAAUCAACCCUCACAUUGGUGGUUUCUUGAUAGCCACAGUAGUACUAAACGAUCUCCAUGGCUUCAAUCCACUCUAUCUGAGCUAAAUGAGAAGACGAAGGCAAUUUUAAAGUUAAUUGAAGAAGAUGCAGAUUCCUUUGCCCAACGUGCAGAGAUGUACUACAAGAAGCGACCGGAACUCGUGAGCAUGGUUGAAGAUUUCUACCGGACACACCGCUCACUAGCUGAGCGGUAUGAUCAAGUGAAACCUGACACCGGAAUUAGCCAUCUCACGACUGGAGGAUCACCCUUUGCUUCAGCCAAAUAUCAAAUAGAGAAGCUAAUGAGUUUUGCAGAUAAUGGUUAUGAUACCUAUUCUGAGGAUUGUGCUAUAGAUGAGUAUGAGGAAUCUGAAGUUGAUGAUCCUGAUCAGGAGCAAGAGGAGAGGGCCAAAUUUCACAACUUCACAAAAGAAGAGCAAGUUUCAUUUGUGGCUUCUGCCAAUGAGGAAGUGAUGAAGCUGAGGGAUGAAAUUAAGAGACUCAAUGAAGAGACCAAGGUUAACAAGGAUCAACUCAAGAAGAAGGAUGCCAUUUGUGAUGAAGUGAUAAUGUUGAGGGAAGAAAUAGAGAAACUUAGAGAUGAGAAUGAGGCACAGAAAGAAGAACUCAAGCAGAAGGAUGUAGAGAAAAUAGAGGUGAUAAAACAACUGAGUUUAGCAAUAGAUAUGCUGAAGCAGGAGAAUGUAGAGAUGAGAAACUUCAUUGCUAAGGAGUCUACAAAGAAAUGGAAGUACCCAUUUGAGUUCAACAAACUUGUGGGAGCAUUUUCAAUGAAGUUGUUUCAUGGAACUCCAAGGAAUCAGCCCAGUGUUGAGCUCUCUAGGCGUGGUUUACAAAAUUAGCAAAUAACAUAAUCAUGUACAAGUUUCGUAUAAAUCUUUAUUCAAUGUUACCGCUACUCUUAGAUUCCUAGUGUGUGUACUUUAUUUUUUCAUGUGUUCUUUAAUUCUUUGUAUCAUCAAGUACCGGUAUGCAUUCAAAUUGUAAUAAAUUUUUAUUCAAAUUUCGCA